CCCUUCUCUGCAUUUGCCCUUUUUGCCGCUCGUCCCUCUUUGUGUAUGAAGUAAUUUUCUCUCUACAGAUCUUGGGUUGUAAAUCCCUAUCUUGGGUAUUUCCUAAAAUUCCAUGAAGCCGGCGCACGUGUCGUAACAGACUGGCGCAUGUGCCAUUCACGUUCGUAGAAAGCUGUGCUCCUAUUUUGAACCCUCAUAUCACCUCAUAUCACGUCGAUAUCCUCUCACUCGUAUGUGUCGACACAACGCCCACUGCACCGGCUAUUCUGAUAUACUACAUUGAUAAAUGGAGAUAACAGAAUGUAACGCGAAAAUAAAAGUGCUUCGUCAUGAGGAAGGAGAUGGCUGCAGCGUGCACGUGAAGUCUGAGCUAGUGCUGCAAAGGCUGCGAAGAGAGACGUGGUUAAGUAGUCAAUUGCGUGAUUCUUCUAAAGUGACUUUGAGAAUUCCUUGCCGAAAAGUCAGUUUGUGAAACUACGACUGUUUCUAAAAGUUACUUCGAUUUAUUGAAACAUCGUUAACCUUGGCAAUAGUUAUGGACAGAGCGCGACUUGCAUACGUUACGGCUGCUGCUGUGGGCGCCGGCACGGCGGUCUUCUUCAUCUGGUGGUGGAGGACCGAAAAGCAGAAGCCUCGACCGCCGUCGACGUGGCGAAAGGUCGGGGAAGUGAGCGAUCUAGUCGCGUAUCCGAUCAAGUCACUCGGCCCAAUUCGCCUGAACUCGAUGGAAGCCACGAUAUUGGGUUUAAAAUCCGGAUGGAUGAGAGAUCGGUCAUUGAUGGUCAUCGAUCUGGAGAGCCGGUUUGUCACUGCCAGACAAAUACCUAGCAUGGUCCAGGUGUCGCCCAGCUUUUCUAACUCCGUACUGACACUUUCUGCUCCGGGCAUGGUGUCAGUGUCGGUUAACCUUGCGGAGCUUCGUGGCAAAAAUUUUCGAGUUGCUAUGUGGGGUCAAGUAGUAUCAGCAUGUGACUGCGGCGAAGAAAUUGCUCAAUGGUUGUCACGCUUUCUUCUUCAUGAAGAUACUGGUCUUAGAUUGGUCUAUUAUCCGUUAGAGCGGCCGGCGAAGCCGGUAAGAAACUGCGACAAGGUUUUUUCAAUGUUGGAGAACAACGAUAUGGGUGGCUAUGCAGAUAAUACGAGUUACUCUCUUGUUACCGAAGCUUCAGUAGCAGAUCUUAAUUCUCGACUGGAUGAAACAAUCUCAUCGCAACAAUUUCGCAUGAAUAUUGUAGUCAAAGGUUCUACACCUUACGAAGAAGAAAAAUGGGACUGGAUAAAAAUUGGAAACUUGAUUUUGAGAAAUGUUAGGCCGUGCACAAGAUGCAUCUUAACCACGGUCAAUCCAGAAACUGGACAGAAAAAUUCUAAAGCGGAGCCUUUGGUAACUUUGAAAAGCUAUAAACAGUGCACAGAUCCGCAUAUUCGUUCCUUAGUUGGCAAUAGUCCGAUAAUGGGAAUUCAUCUUGGAUUGCGGGGACCAAAUGGGACAAUCCAAGUGGGCGAUUCUGUUUACUUGGGUAUCUCGGAUGAGAAGCCGAAGCUUUCGAGUCCAGCAUCUUAGCUAUUCCGUUGGGAUUCCUACGAGUUUUCAGAAGCCGAGCCGACAGUUCGUAUUGAAGACGAAGAAGCGGAGUCCAGAACUGGUGAUAAAUAUUAAUAGAAACAACUAUAUGGACAAUUGUGUGCAUCUUCAAUAAUGAAUAAAACGGUGAUUUCACAGGUGGGUAAGAAUUAAUAAAAUUACAAAACUAUUGUUAAUAAUUGUUACAUUUUAUGAAAAGUUAAGCACGAUGAAAUAAGUGGAAAUUUGCAGUAAACACUAAAAUAAGCAACGAUAGGAUUUAAUAAUCCUAGGCCUAAGUGUGAUCCAAAUAAUAUAAGUGUUUUUUUAAACACAAAAAUGGCAAAAAUUUCGAAAAAAUAAUUUUGAGAAUUACGAGGUGGUAAAUCUGUUCAAACGAUGGAUUGAAUUGUUAAUAUUUUAAUAUAAUGCCUUAAGUGUUGUUGCAUUUGUAUUGUACGUGGCUUAAAAUAAUAGUUAUAAAUAUGAUUGAUGAUGA